AUGGCCGGCUACCGUGACGGUUCCGGGGUCAGCCCGGCCCGGGCAGCCACGCACCCUGCGCCCUCGGCGCGCGCGGACCGGAGCGCGCUGGACGCCGUGGGCCCGCGCCUCUGGCCGGACGCGCCCCCGCUCGGCGCCGCGCCGCCCCCCCACGACGCGGCCCCCGGCCCGCUGCUCGGCUCCCGGGGGGACCCGGCGUGGCUGGGCCUCGGGGCCCCGCAGGAGCUGCUGCGGCUGGUGCGGCCGCCCUACUCCUACUCGGCGCUCAUCGCGAUGGCCAUCCAGAGCGCGCCGCGCCGCCGCCUCACGCUCAGCCAGAUCUACCAGUACGUGGCCGGCAACUUCCCCUUCUACAGACGCGGCCAGGCCGGCUGGCAGAACUCCAUCCGCCACAACCUGUCGCUCAACGACUGCUUCAAGAGGGUGCCCCGCGACCAGGACGACCCAGGAAAGGGCAGUUACUGGACCCUGGACCCCAACUGCGAGAAGAUGUUCGACAACGGGAACUUCCGGCGUCGGAGGAAGCGGAGGGCCGAGGCCAGCGCGGCCGCGCUGUCGGGGGCAGCGCGCAGGCCAGCCGGGGUCCCUGCGCCCCCGGAUCGACGGGCCCCGCGCUCCCCGCCCGCUCCCGCCGCCUGCUUCUCCCGCUUCGCCGCGGCCAGGGGCUCCCUGCCUGGGGGCCUGGCCGGGGACUUGGGCCUCGGGAGGCCUUCGAGGGUGGCGGCGCCCUGGCCCCCCCGGACACCUCGGCAUCGCGGGGCCUGCAGGGCCCUGGGAGGCGCCAGCGAGAAGCCCCCGCCCACGCCAGCCUAG